AUGACCACUGUUCUCCAGCCUGUACGACUGUUCUUUGUGCAUAAAUCUGCUGCUCCCUUUCCCUCGAUUCCUGCGUUUGUUCGGUGGCAAAUAUCGCCAAUACUUUAUAACUGCCAGCAACAGGCUCGUUGUGCCCAUUCUAGAAGAAAUGUCUCGUACACUGCAGCAGAGGUCGAGGAGAUUGAGAAGCUUGCGUCCUUCCGAGCACCAAAUAUGCCCAGGCGUGCCUCUCCAUUAUCCAUCCUUCCUCUUUCCAACCUAAUCCGAUCCUACCUGAUUACAGCUGUGUCCUCGUCUCCCCUGCUGCUUCGUACAUCGCUGGGAGCCCUCAAGUUCCUUGCCCACAGCAAAUCGCCAAUUUUGAAUCCUGAUCGAAACCCAAUCCUGCAUUUCCUGCUCAAAAGAACGAUAUAUGCCCAGUUUUGUGGUGGAGAAACGGCCGAUGAAGUCGAUCAAACAAUAAACAAGCUAAAGCGCAUGGGAUACACAGGAAUUCUGCUUGGCUAUGCUCGGGAGGUGUGCCUAGACGGAAAUGAGGCCCAGAACAUGAAAUGCACAGGGAGCCGAGAGGACUUAAACGCCAAUACGAUCUUAAGCUGGGCAAGAGGCACCAUUUCCACAGUCAAAUUGGCCCAACCGGGCGACUUUGUGGCCAUCAAAUUCACAGGUGCUGGGACGCAGGCCUUGCAACAUCUGGUCGAAGUGAAGCCACCGCCACCGCUGCUGGCAAAGAGUAUCACCGAGAUUUGUGAUCUGGCGAUGACGAGGAAUGUGAGACUGCUCUUCGAUGCGGAACAAGAUGCCGUGCAAGCAGGCAUAGAUGCCUGGACAAUCUCCUAUAUGAAGCAGUACAACCGCAAGGAAAAAGCGCUGGUGUAUGGCACCUACCAGGCGUAUAAGAAGUCCACUCCUGGAGUACUCGCCAAUCAUCUGGCAUUGGCCCACAAGAAUACCUUUGUACUUGGCGUCAAGUUAGUUCGAGGAGCUUAUCUUGGAAGCGAUCCUCGACAUCUUUUCUGGGACACGAUCGAGGAGACCCACAAGGCAUAUGACGGCAUCGCUGAGAGCUUGAUGCGUCGCACCUACAAUGACGUCUUGAAACCAACAUCUUCUGGCACGAAAACAUUUCCUUCCAUCAAUGUUGUCUUGGCAGGCCACAACAAGGAUAGUAUUGCGAAGGCACAGGAGAUCCGCAAUUCUCAAGCCUGUUCGAACGAACCGCGGGUCAGUUUAGUUUAUGCUCAACUGAUGGGCAUGGCUGAGAAUAUCAGUUGUGGUCUCAUUGUGGCUGGUCAGCUUGCUAAAGAAGAGGGCAGAGGGAGUAUGUUCGACAUUCCAAAGGCAUAUCAGUAUCUUGUAUGGGGAACAGUGGGCGAAUGUAGCCAGUACCUUGUCAGACGUGCUGAGGAGAACAAAGACGCGCUUUCAAGGACUAAGGAAGGCAGAAAAGCUUUGGGAAAAGAAUUGCUGAGACGGUUGGGGAUUUCGGCAGAAUAG